AGAGAGGAAGAGAAGAGCAAAAGAGAUGGGAACAUCAAGACUGAACUGCUGGAGCUGCUAUUCAAGACCAUUGAUGAUCUGGAAGAAAGAGACUUUAAAAGGUUUAAGGCGUUCCUGUCUGAGAAACAUCUACGCGGUUAUGAACCCAUUCCCAAAGCAAGACUGGAGAAUGCCGAUGCCACAGAAAUAAUUAACCAGAUGUCACAGGCAUAUGACCGUGAUGGUGCAGUGCGGAUCACCGCCUCCAUCCUGAAGAAAAUGUGUCGCAUAGGCCUCGUAAAUGACAUGA